AUGAUUAUCUGCUUUUCUCCUUUUGAGGUUUCAUAUUAGUUUUCUUUAACAUAGGUCAUCGUCCUUUUUUCUAAAAAUAAUAGUUAUUUUUUACAUAAUCAUAAGAGAGAGACAAAAUUACUUUUCCAAAUAUUUCUUAAGGACAAUCUUUUUAAUUUCCAAAAAGUAACAAUUAUUCAUUCCAACCUUCCAAAGAUCUUUUGGUAGAUAAAUAUUUUGCCAAUAUAUCAUAAUUUUGAAUCAAUUAGAUAGUUUUAAUCUUCAAAAAUGGAAAAGAUUAUUUAACUUCUUCAUAAUGAGAUAAUAAAUCAUCACUAAAAUAUAAACUUUUAUAGCUGCAAGUAUUCCAAGUUUAUGGAAUAUAAUGUAAAAAUUCUGCUACUUCUUGAAUUGAUUUAAGAUUAUUUCCAAUGUUUUGACAGAUAUUGUUUUAUUUUGAAUUAAUACCCCAUCCAUUUGUAUAGUGUUUUUCUAAAGGUAUUUUAAAAAACUAAGGUGGAUCUAAUCAUUAACUUCAGGUAGCUUAACUUCAAAAUUAAUUUCAUAUUUUUCUAAGAUAUUCCAGAUUUCAUUUAGUAUCUUUUCUGUUUUAUCACUUUGUUCUUCAAAAUCUUAAUAAUUAUUAAGAAAUGUUUUUGCUUUGAAAUAAAUUUGAUUGUCACCUUUAUUCAGUUGAGGAGCCUUUUCAUUCAAACUAUUAUCUAUGAAGUUUCGUAUAUAUCAAGUAAAUGA